GGCGCGCCGCGGAGGCGCGCUGCGGCCUGUUGUUGUGGCGGCGCGGCCCGCGGUUCACCCCCGGCAGCCCCCGGUAGCGAUGAGCGAUAACGAUGACAUCGAGGUGGAGAGCGACGAGGAGCAGCCGAGGUUUCAGUCCGCGGCAGAUAAACGUGCUCACCACAACGCUCUGGAGCGCAAGCGCAGGGACCACAUCAAGGACAGCUUCCACAGCCUGCGGGACUCCGUCCCGUCCCUCCAGGGGGAGAAGGCAUCCCGGGCCCAAAUCCUGGACAAAGCCACAGAGUACAUCCAGUACAUGCGCCGGAAAAACCACACGCACCAGCAGGACAUCGACGACCUCAAGAGGCAGAACGCGCUCCUGGAGCAGCAAGUGCGGGCCCUGGAGAAGGCCAGGUCGAGCGCCCAGCUGCAGGCCAACUACCCCUCGACGGACGGCGGCAGCCUCUACACCAACGCCAAGGGCAGCACCAUCUCCGCCUUCGACGGCGGCUCCGACUCCAGCUCCGACUCGGAGCCCGACGAGCCGCAGAGCAGGAAGAAGCUGCGCAUGGAGGCCAGUUAGGGCCCCCCCCUCCUCACUCCACAGAACCCCCCCACCACAACCUGGCUGCCUAAAGACUUUUCUCUCCCUCCUCUCCUAGAAGCUCUUGGACUGCAGCUUCCCGACCCUUCCCCGGCCCCUUUUGCUCCCCCUCUCCCCCCAGCCCCUGCUCUAAGCCAGCCAGGGGGCUCGCAGCACCCACCCCAGCGACUUGGGAGGAGGGGAAGAGGGGGGUGGGGGCCACGAGGAAACAUCAUCGGCCCCCCCUGCCCCCCCUAAAAUUAGUGAGCCCCCCACUCCUCCUUCCCCCUUCUGAUUUUCUAUGAGCGUUUCUAUUUAUACCUGAGGACCACAGCAGACUGGAGCUGAAGGACAAGGGCUGCGCAGGAGCCCGGCAGCCCCCUCCCCAAACCCAGGGUGGGGAACCUUUUUUU